AUGGCGUCCCAAGUAGAGAAAGAUGAAGAGACAAAGAGGCGUGUAUCGGCGUCCAUGAACAUGGAUGCUUUCACCCUACCCCCAGUGCCUCCAAGGAACCUGAUUGUUCCUCCAUCUCCCAUUAGCCCUCCCCAAUCUCACAAAGAAGCCAUCGUUCUACCAAAGGAUGACGAUCUUCCUCAUGACAGCGACAAAAAGCUUUCGCCUAUUCCACCCGACAAACUUGUGGUUCCUCCUUCUCCGUCGGGAAACAGAGAUGCCUCGCUAAAUAAUGUGGCCUUUCCAAAGGCCAGACCAAAGACUACUAGUACUCCACCAAGAUCACCUCUGGUCAACUACCCACAACAAAGCAUAGUUCCUGCCAAGGCAGAAGCCACGCAAAGACCAUCCUUACCCCUGUUGCCUUUGACCAUGAACUCAUUGGAACAUCGCAGAUUGGGGGAGCAAAAGCGCAUGUCCCUACCGGGGUAUCCUUCUCCACACCGACCAUCGUUGCCGCCAUCGUCUCCUCACCGGCCGCAGCAACAGCAACAACCAUUACAGAAUCCAAACACUCCAGCAGGGGAAGGUCAGAAACGGCGUCUCUCCUUAUCAGAAGCUCUCGCUGCCAGAGACGGACCGAGCAUCGCCACUCCUUCGUCUUCUCCAACUUCCAUGCAUCAUCACAAGCUACUAGGAGAGAAAAAGACCCAACGAGUCUCUCUCCCACCCUCUGCAAAACUGGGGCAGGCCUCUCCAUCAAGUAUGAUUGCACAGCAGCAGCCACCCAGUACUCCCUCUCGCAAGUCUGUGGUCUCUACUCCUCCAUCCACUCCUGGAGGUGGUCAUCGCCACAAGCUUGGAGACAAAAAGAAUCAGAGAGUCUCACUCCCUCCUUCUGCACAUUUGGGACAGUCCUCUCCGACAAGUUUGAUUGCCCCGCAUCCACCCAGUACUCCCUCUCGCAAGUCUGUUUCGACUCCUCCAGCAACCCCAGGAGGUGGCCAGCGCCACAGGCUGGGAGACAAAAAGGCCCAACGAGUCUCACUCCCACCCUCUGCAAAAUUGGGACAGUCCUCUCCCACAAGCAUGAUCCAGCAGCAGCCACCCAGUACUCCCUCUCGCAAAUCUGUCGUUUCUACUCCUCCAGCAACCCCAGGAAGUGGUCAUCGCCACAAGCUGGGAGACAAAAAGAAUCAGAGAGUCUCCUUGCCUCCCUCUGUAAACUUGGCACAGACAUCCCCAUCCUUCAAGCCACCACAGCCAAAUCAUCGACUGGGAGACAAGAAGCACCGAGCCUCGUUGCCUGCCUCGUUGCCCACAUCGUCAGAUGUCCCCGUGUCACAUCAUCGGAAACUUGGAGAAAGGAAGAGUCAUCGGCAAUCGCUGCCAAACUCCAGCAUCGCGGCCGAUGCAAUUAUGACUUCCUCCAGUAGAUCUCUUCGCAGCAACGCAAGUGCCCACGAUGAUUUGCCGCGCAAAGGACUUCGCAAUAAUAGUCUGCAGCAGCAGUACCGGUCCCUUCCAGACAUUUCUGGCCCUGGAGCGUUCUUUGUCCCGGCUGCACUCAUGGGAGCCGACGACACUACGAGUGAUAUGCAGCAGCAGAGUUCUACAUUUAUCAACACAGAUUGCAACGACGAGAUGGUCGACAUGGAACAAGGAACGAGCAACAAUGACCUGUCAGAGAAGACCGACACUGGGAAUGAGGAGAUCGAGGAAGAAGAAUAUCGGUUGAGCGCUGCCUUUUCCGUCCCGCCGCCUCCUCCUUCUCCCAGAAGUAGCCCUCCUCGACGAGCUCCAGCUGCUGAGACAACCGACCAAGAUGAAGGCCCCCCCAAGCGUCGACCCUGUGGAGGAUUCAGAGCUCCUUGGUGGUGCAAUGUGGUUGUACCACUGAUUCUCGCAAGUGGUAUCGCAGCUGUGGUGAUUGUCAUUAUCAAGAGCACGGGAGUAAUGACAAACGGUGGUGAUGCCCCAGCACGCCCUUCUUCGGGACAAGUGAUCCGCAUAUUCCAACCAGGGACAGCCCCAAACUAUACCGUAGAAGCUUGGAAAGACCCCAGUUCACCUCAGUCGAAGGCCAGAGAAUGGUUGCGAGCCGACCCCAACAUUGGUUCUUACAGCCAGGACCGAAGGCUCCAACGAUUUGCUCUGGCUAGUCUUUACUAUGCAACCAACGGAAACCGAUGGCGGAAUGCAACCAAUUGGUUGAACCACUCCGUCCACGAAUGCCUUUGGUUCUCGGCCCGUCCAAGCAACAAUGCUGAUGUAGGUACAACGAGCGCAUUUCAGCUGGCCACCAACAGUAGCAGCGUCCAAAUCAAGGCUGCCAAGGCAAUCACCUGCAAUGACAAGCUUGAAUACGAACACCUGCUCUUGGCUUCGGAUUCCUUGCGGGGUACCCUUCCGCCUGAGCUCUCCCUCCUAUCCUCCCUUGUUCACAUUGACUUGGAAAGAAACAAGGUCUUCGGACCAGUGCCGACCGAGAUUGGUGCAUUGGCAAAGCUUACGGAUCUUUCACUGUCUGACAAUGAGCUGGAUGCCUCCAUCCCCAGUGAAUUUGGGCUGCUCUCUAACUUGGAACGUCUCUACCUGCGUCAAAACCAGUUUGUCGGAACUCUACCCGAGCAGUUGGCCGAGUUGACUCUUCUGAAUGAUUUGCACCUUUCGUCUCUCAUGUUCUUGGGCUUUGCCAUGAACUCACUGAACACUACGUUUCCCACGGAGUUGGCAAGACUAACCAAUCUUCAGACUCUGCUUGCAACGUCGAGCGGAAUCCGGGGAAGCAUCCCUACGCAGGUCGGAGAAAUGACAAGCUUGGUGGCAUUGGCCGUUGCCGCCAACAGGCUUACCAAUAAACUGCCAACCGAGAUUGGAAACCUCUCAAAUCUAAAGUGGAUCUAUUUGUAUUCCAACCAACUCUCUGGGCCGCUUCCGAGUGAGCUCGGGAACCUUGGGCAUCUCUCCCACUUGCAUACAUACGUGAAUCCCAUCUCUUCCACUAUUCCUUCAGAGAUUGGUCAACUGAGUGGAUUGACAGAGCUCUUGGUAUUUGAGUCAUUGUUGUCUGGAGAAAUCCCUUCCGAGAUUGGUAACCUGCAAAAGUUGGAGUGGCUCAACAUCGGGGACACCUCGAUCACAGGAACGUUUCCAAACACAACGUGCGCUCUAGAAUCGUCUCGACAAUUGAAAGUCACGGCAGACUGCAACAGGGAGGACCUCAUUUGCUGCGGAUGA